AUGGGUUCUCAUGGCGACACGGUAUCAUCGGCGCCUACAAUAGCCUUUGGAACUGACAUUCGAAAGCAAUGCUUCUCUUUUGCUGAGGAUUAUCAUCCUCUCAAUCACGGCUCAUUCGGGACUUUCCCAAAAGAAGUCCGGGAAUACCAAAGGCGACUACAGGAAGAGAGCGAGGCGAGGCCAGACACGUUCAUGCGAUAUACCUACCCUAAGCUCCUCUGCGAAAGCAAAAUCGCAAUUGCGCCACUACUUGGAGCGGACCCCGGCGAAGUCGUUUUUGUUCAGAACGCCACGACGGGGGUUAACACCGUGCUCCGGAACUUGAAGUUUCAGGCCGGCGAUGUAAUCGUUUACUUCAAUACGAUAUAUGGUGCUUGCUACAAGACUAUUCAGUCACUUUCGGAAGAUCGACCACUCUCGUCGCACGCGAUUGAGAUUGCGUACCCCAUCGACGAUGACGAAAUCAUACGGCGAUUUCGAUGUGCGGUGGAGGAAGUCAGAAUGAAGGGAAAGACCCCGAUGCUUGCGAUGUUUGAUACGGUUCUCACAAGCCCUGGGGUCAGGUUUCCAUUUGAGAGAUUAGUGCAAAUUUGCAAGGAUCUUGAGAUCUUGAGCUUGGUGGACGGCGCCCAUGGCGUCGGCCACAUUGAUUUGACUCAUGUUGGUGUUGAUGUUAGACCUGACUUUUUCAUCAGCAACUGCUACAAAUGGUUGAUGGUCCCGAGGGGAUGCGCCGUCCUCUACGUACCAUUCCGGAACCAAGCCAUGUUCUCUUCAACGGUGCCCACAUCAUGGGGCUACGAAAUCGAGGAGAAUCGCAUUAAGAUGAAUGCACGAGACUACUUUUCAAAGUUGUUUGACAAGAUUUCUACAACAGACAACACGCCAUAUUGUUGCAUACCCGCAGCACUCGAAUUCAGGGCCCGAGUCUGCGGUGGCGAAACGAAUAUUCGGGAAUACUGUGAGCAUAUUGCUCGUCAAGGAGGCGAUUUGAUGACAGAGAUCCUCGGCACAGAGGUCCUCGGCGCAUCAUUCGCUUCGUUCCGGCAGUGCUGUUUCGUCAAUGUUCGCCUCCCCUUGACUUUGGCGGACCUCAACGUCGACACGUCGGCUGGACGGGGGAUAGCGAAAUGGAUGCAAGAGAUGAUGCCGGCAGAGUAUGAGACGUACAUUCCCAUUAAGUUUUAUGCCGGUGGCUUUUGGUGCCGGAUCAGCGGCCAAGUGUACCUCACGUUGGAAGAUUUCCGUUGGGCGGCAGAGACUUUGCUUCUUAUCUGUAGGCGUGCGAAAGCUGUGGAAUGGAAAUAA